GCUGCCGGCGGCUUCAGCGGGACGGCCACGCCGCCACACUCCUCACAUGUCGCGGUAAACCGCUCAAUAAACCGCGGACAGACACGUCAAACAGACCUUCUCAUGGGUCCUGUCCCUGUCCUGUCUUUGGUUAGAGGCCCGCCGGCCCAACGCGCCGCCCGCGCCGCUGACGUCAUGGUGGACGUGACCAAGUGGCCGCUGUUCAGCCUGAUGGGGCCCGAGGCGCUGGCGUCCGUCCGCAGGGCCUGCGUGUUCGGCUCGUCGGCCAACGAGGCCAUCUACAUCACGUACGACGACGAGAGACUCUUAGAGACGACUUGGACUCGCAUGUCCCCUGUUCUGCCCCCCCACGCUCAGGUGCACGUGUUCGGCCUGAACUGCAGCAGCUGCCUGGGAACCGGCGACAGCCAGAGCACCAUCGUCCCCAAGAAGCUGGACUUCCUGAGCGGCAGGAAGGUGACGAGCCUGAGCUACGGGAGCGGGCCUCACGUGCUGCUGGCCACCGCAGACGGAGAGCUGUUCUCCUGGGGCCACAACGGCUACAGCCAGCUGGGCAACGGGACGACCAACCAGGGAGUGUCUCCGGGGCUCGUCUCCGCCACCCUGCUCAACAAGAAGGUGGUCCAGGUGGCCUGCGGCUCGCACCACAGCAUGGCCCUGACCGACUCGGGGGAAGUUUACGCCUGGGGCUACAACAACUGCGGCCAGGUGGGAUCGGGCUCCACGGCCAACCAGUCCACGCCCCGCCGGGUCUCCAUCUGCCUGCAGAACAAGGUGGCCGUCGGCAUCGUGUGCAGCCAGACGUCGUCUCUGGCCGUGGUGGACAACGGGGAGGUCUACGGUUGGGGCUACAACGGCAACGGGCAGCUGGGGCUCGGGAACAACGGCAACCAGCUCACCCCCUGCCGGCUCGUAGGUCUGCAAGGUUUAUGUGUGCAGCAGCUGGUGUGCGGCUACGCCCACUGCCUGGCGCUGACGGACGAGGGCGAGCUGUUCGCCUGGGGGGCCAACACCUACGGCCAGCUGGGCACCGGCAACAAGAGCAACCAGCUGAGCCCCGUGCAGGUUCUGGCCGAGCGGGAGAGGGUGGUGGAGGUGGCUGCCUGCCACUCCACCCACACGUCUGCGGCCCGGACCCAGAGCGGGCAGGUGUUCAUGUGGGGCCAGUGCCGGGGCCAGUCCCUGGUCCUGCCCCACCUCACCCACUUCAGCUGCACCGACGACGUGUUCGCCUGCUUCGCCUCGCCCUCCGUCAUGUGGAGGCCGCUGGCCCUGGAGCACGACGACUUCCUGACGGUGGCUCAGUCCCUGAAGAAGGAGUUUGACAACCCGGAGACGGCCGACCUCAAGUUCUGCGUCGAUGGCAAAUACAUCUACGUGCACAAGGCGGUUCUGAAGAUCAGAUGUGAGCACUUCAGGUCCAUGUUCCAGUCCCACUGGAACGAAGACAUGAAGGAGGUGAUUGAGGUGGACCAGUUCUCGUACCCGGUGUACCGGUCCUUCCUGGAGUUCCUGUACACGGACCAGGUGGAGCUGCCCCCUGAGGACGCCAUCGGGCUGCUGGAUCUGGCAACGUCGUACUGCGAGAACCGGCUGAAGCGUCUCUGCCAGCACAUCAUCAAGAGGGGCAUCACCGUGGACAACGCCUUCUCCCUGCUGGCGGCCGCCGUGCGCUACGACGCCGAGGACCUGGAAGAAUUCUGCUUCAAGUUCUGCGUGAACCACCUGACGGAGGUGACCCAGACCGCCGCCUUCUGGCAGGUGGACGGGAACCUGCUCAAGGACUUCAUCUGCAGGGCCAGUCGCUGCGGCGCCUUCAGGAACUGACCGAGCCCUCGCCGCCGCCGUGCGACCCGUUACCGGGUUCUGGUCUGACCUGAGUGGGACGUAUGUCAGAACUACAUCCUAAAGACGUCAGAUUAGCGUCGUCACGUAGCUCCUUCCCUCAGUGCCUCAUCCAUACAUUUGCACUCGUGUAAAAUAGGAACUUAAUCGAGUUUCCUGAAAGAUUCUCGCCAGUAUUUGAGAUUUACUUUACUGUUUCUGGUAAGAGACCAAGUUACUUUUGAAGGUUUGCACUUGUACCGUAUCGACCCGAAUAUAAGACGACCCUGAUUAUAAGACGACCCCCUCUUUUUUAAGACUCAAGUUUGAAAAAAGAAUUUUUGAACACCAAAUUCAAUUUAUAUACAGAACAUAAUUACAGUACAUCUGAAACAAAUGAUUAUAACAAUAUAUUCGAAAGAAAAAGCUUGUUAUUUUGCCUCAUUCAAACCAUCAUCUUGAAGUUUGCAUCAUAACUUCUCCUCAGCUGCCGGUUUACCUGUCGAUCUUCCACCCACUUUUCUCCAUUUUUCUGUUAUUUCUUCUUUUAUUUCCUUCUCUUUUCUUUCUUAACGCUAUUUUUAUUCUUCGAGACAGGGGUUGGCUUUGGCCUGGGGAGUUAAGUUUAGCUCUAAAGAUAUCUGGCGCCAUCUAGCGCUAUAAAUGGAUAUCUACACCCCGAAUGGAAGACGACCCCCACUUUUUCAGUCUUAUUUCAAUGCAAAAAACACCGUCUUAUAUUCGGGCCAAUACGGUACUUUGAUUGUUACCAGAUGAUAUUCUGCAUCCAGAGACUCUUUGCUCUCGCAGACGUCAGGAACGUUAAACCCUGGAGAUGUGAACGUUGUAGCUGAAGCGCCGUUAAACUACGGGCAGAUAAAGCUCAACGAUGUAAAAAGUUAUAGUUUCGGUUUUUACCUGCACAAAACAAUCCAGUUGGUGGUAACGGGUCAUUGAAACUUCUACACUUUUGCUGCUGUUUGUAUAUUAAUUUAAAAACCAAUAAAGUGUAUAUUGAUACUGCGUAUUAAAAAGUGCCAGUUAGUUACGUUUUGUAACUUUUUCUAGCAAACGAAUAAAAAGUCUUUG